UGCUUCAAAAUAUCAUGCGCCACAGUGCCACACUCACAUUCCUUCGACUGAAUGGGGACAGAACCCAAUUUAAUUAGAAAACCAAUACUUUUGUAGUAUCUUGGUCUGUCAAGCGCUAGUUGCCAUCGUUGACUAACACCGUCCGAUCUUAUUGACUGAUACCGUAUCAAUGAUAGCCUUGACUGAAUGGCAUACUCUGCUGCUUUUCUAUCAUAUUCUAAAACCUUUCUCCGCACCAUUCUUGACUAUUUCCUUUUGCAUAAAAAUUCAGAACAUACUACAUAUUGUCUAAUUUCUUCCUGGAUAUCAUAUUUAGCUACUAAUUCCAUCAUAUGAAAUAUAGGUGAUUUCAUGUCUGGUUUAUGCUCUCUGCCAAUCAUAAGUUAAUUGUCAUAUUGCAAGAUUUCUUCUCUGUGUAUGUACAUCUCUACCACGAAGCUCUCUUUAUUUGGAUAUACAUCUCGCUCACGAAUCUCUCACUGGGUGUACAUAAUCACUACCACGAUUUUUGUCCUACGAAUCUUUUUCUUAUGCUUCACGUUUACGUCGUAUGUAUGGUUGUAGAUCUUAUCCAAGGUCACAGGAAGGCAUGGAUUGGUUUAAGUCAACGACGGAUCAACAGUGGUUUUAAGUGGGAUGACAGCGCUAAGUUUCAGUAUAAUUUUGGUAACUUUCGGAGUCAUGGUCGGCAUUCUAAACAGUGCGCAGUGAUACGCAGUGAUGGCUAUUGGGUUUCUUCCUAUUGCUCUAUUGACAACCCUUAUGUAUGUUCGAAAAAGCCAGACUGUGAACCUGGAUGGAGUGGUGAUGAAUGUGACCGGCAGUGUCACUGUUACGCGGGGUUUGUCUGUAACGCCAGCGCCACCUGUCGGUAUGGUUGUGAGCCGGGAUGGUAUGGUGAAAUGUGUGACACACACCAAGAAAAAACUACAGUGUCAUUCUACUGCAUGAAGCAGAGAGAAGGAGCCUACUCGCUGAUGCUUUCCUCAAGCCAUCCAACUGACCAACUUGUUGGUAUUGUGAACGCCGAGGGAGCAAUCAAUCCCAACUGCAGCAUUGAGAGACCAGAAAGGAUACUCAAGCCUUCCGAAAUGCGUUUAAAUGUUCAAAUUAAAAACGUUUCUGGAGAAUUGAUACCAAACUGUCCUGCAGAAAUAGUUGCUGAUGGAGUCCUGAAUUGGACGAUAAGAUUUCAGAAGGAAAAAGGUGUAGAAUCAUUUGAAGAUGAGGAACAUCAAGUUCAGUGUGAUCUGUCUAAAGCCGAUGCUGCAUUUGAUGCCAAGGGUGUCGCGGUGGAGAAGAUUCGAGAGAGACCCAUAAUGACUGCCACACAGACAAGAGUCAACGUAAGGGCAUAUCUAGCAAGUCCUGAAACUCUGGAACCGGUUGCAAACAUCAGCCUAGGUGUUCCUGUCAGACUGGUGGUCACGCUUCCUGAAGGGGAUGAUGUUGUCAAUCCGUUCUUCUACCCUCGGUUCUGUCAAGCUUCAUCUCCAGAUGGGAAGGUUUCUUUUCCACUGACCGGCUCAUAUGGCUGUCCUCCAAAUAGAAACAAAAUCGGUUUUGGAAGAAUGACGAAGGUCUCUGGGGUGAUCCAGUCGAAUGUGUUUCCCCUGUUCCGACUCUGGGGCUACACUGAAGUGGUGUUCAGUUGCACUCUUGUAGUACCCAGAUUCAAUCGAUUUGAAUAUUAUACACCAAAUUGUUCCUGGUAGCACAUAUGCAUUGCGGAUGAAAGGUCAACUGCAAAGAUGAAAACAUCCCAUCAAAGGCAGCGAGUUCCGAUGUCACUGUCAAGAUGACACAGCAGAAAUAAAAACGCCGCAAAUUUCCCUUCACAUCUUCAUGACAAAUAAUGUUCACUUGGAAUAAACAAAAGUGCC